AGAGUCAAGGCGCCGAGGGGGACAGCACGCCGCCACCAGCCAGGGCCCCGGCCCCCCGCCCCGCACCUGAGUCCCGCCGGCCUCGAGCCGCGCUGCGCUGCCCAUGGCGCCCCCGCCCGGAGUCCCCCGGAGCCACCCCGACGCCUGAACCCCCGCAGCGCUCCCACCGACCCGCCCACCCAUCAGUCCACCAGGCACCCUCGCCCGCCGUUCUCCCGGGCUACCCGGCCAUGUCUCCCGCCUGGCUCCGGCCCCGACUGCGGUUCUGCCUGCUACUGUUGCUGCUGGCGGUGGUGGUGCCCGCGGCGCGGGGCUGCGGGCCGGGCCGGGUGGUGGGCAGCCGCCGGCGGCCGCCACGCAAACUUGUGCCGCUCGCUUACAAGCAAUUCAGCCCGAACGUGCCCGAGAAGACCCUGGGCGCCAGCGGGCGCUAUGAAGGCAAGAUCGCGCGCAGCUCGGAGCGCUUCAAGGAGCUCACCCCCAACUACAACCCAGACAUCAUCUUCAAGGACGAAGAGAACACGGGUGCAGACCGCCUCAUGACACAGCGCUGCAAGGACCGUCUGAACUCGCUGGCCAUAUCCGUCAUGAACCAGUGGCCCGGCGUGAAGCUGCGCGUGACCGAAGGCUGGGACGAAGACGGUCAUCACUCAGAGGAGUCCUUACAUUACGAGGGCCGCGCGGUGGACAUCACCACCUCGGACCGUGACCGCAACAAGUACGGACUGCUGGCGCGCCUGGCCGUGGAGGCCGGCUUCGACUGGGUGUAUUACGAGUCCAAGGCCCACGUGCAUUGCUCAGUCAAGUCCGAGCACUCUGCUGCUGCCAAGACCGGUGGCUGCUUCCCAGCUGGAGCCCACGUGCGCCUGGAGACUGGAGCUCGGGUGUCCCUGUCAGCUGUAAGGCCGGGAGACCGGGUGCUGGCCAUGGGGGAGGAUGGGAACCCCACCUUCAGUGAAGUGCUCAUUUUCCUGGACCGUGAGCCAAACCGGCUGAGGGCUUUCCAGGUCAUCGAGACCCAGGAUCCCCCGCGCCGCCUGGAGCUCACGCCUGCUCACCUGCUCUUCACCGCUGACAACCACACAGAGCCAGCAGCCCACUACCGGGCCACGUUUGCCAGCCAUGUACAGCCUGGCCAGUAUGUGCUGGUGGCAGGGGUGCCAGGCCUACAACCUGCCCAGGUAGUGGCUGUUUCCACGCAUGUGGCCCUUGGAGCCUACGCUCCACUCACAAGGCAUGGGACGUUGGUGGUAGAAGAUGUGGUCGCUUCCUGCUUUGCAGCUGUGGCUGACCACCACCUGGCUCAGUUGGCCUUCUGGCCCCUGCGACUGUUUCCCAGCUUGGCAUGGGGCAGCUGGACUCUGAGUGAGGGUGUACACUGGUACCCUCAGCUGCUCUACCGCCUAGGACGUCUCUUGCUAGAAGAGAGCAGUUUUCACCCACUGGGUAUGUCUGGGGCAGGAAGCUGAGAGGACUCCACCAUUGCCCUCCCAGAAUGGCUGUGCUGGAUCUAAAGGCUUUGCCAGGAGGCCUUGGACCCUGGAAAGCACUUGAGCUAAGGAUACUGGUUCCCAUCCUCUGCUCCAGAGUGGUGACACCUUAUUGAGACUUGACUGGGCAAUGCCAAGUUUCCCACCCCUACCUUGUUGUAGUGGUAGAGCUGCAAGCUGAACUGGUGAGGGGGUGGUGAGCUCUUAUUUUUCUUUCUUGAGCCAUCCAGACCCAGCCAGCUCUCACUGCGAUUUUUCAUGCCCUGCCCCCCGCCCCAUGGGGAUUGGGGCCCAAUCCAUCUGUCUUUGGAUUGCUUACUCUGGGUUUGUGACUUCACUGUUGGUAACAGAUCGCAAUAUGAAGAGAGUCUGCCCAUAGGCAGGCUUGCACCUCAGUUGAUGCUGCUAGAUUCCCUGGGAGCCAGCAGGGAGCUGGCUGGACUCUUUGCCUCCCAGACCUGAGAAGGCCAUAGCCAGUCUGGCCAUCCUGAGGCAUGACUUCCCCCUACUGGCCACACUCCUCCAGAUAUCCUGAAACUGUCAGUGGGCAGAGUUCUCUGUCCCAGCCAAUGUGACCACAGUGCCUGGGACUGGGGAAGAGGCCUGGAUGUCUUUGCCACCCCUGCCCAGGCUAAGCUCCCUCUUCUGCUGAACCAUGACCCUCCCCACCUCCUCCAUCAGCCUCCCCCACCUUAUUUAUUGGCAUGGAGUGGGAUGCCCAUGGGAGAAUUUUGGGAAUGUUUUGGUCUUUCCUUCCUUUUGUAAUAAAAUUAUUUAAGUUGUUAGAGUUUCGAGUCCAGGAUGCUGAGAAGAGACUAUACGCAGCGGUGUGGAGUCAUGGGCAGGUGGGUCUAGAGCUUGCCUCCCUCUUUGGUCCCUUCCCCCAAAGACACCUCAGAGCUCCCAUCCCUUCUGCAGAUCCUUUCCCACCCAGCAGCUGAGAGCUGAGCAGGGCCUUUGAUCAGAUCGCCCCUAAACAUGGUUGGUGCAGGGAGAGUGCUGAGCUAACUAGCCCAUGGUCACGUCGCGCACCUGGAGCCACGGCAUUGUGCCUUAGCCAAGGUCAUUCUCUUGCCUCCUCUGAUUCUUUUCAAGGCCUGGGUUUCAGACACUUUGUUAUUCGUAAUGGACCAUGAAAUGACAAGACUCUGUGGUA